AUGGGCGCUAUCACAGCACUAAACAACACACUGGAGGGUAUUCUCAAUGUGAAAGUGGGAAUUUAUCUCUACUUCGUCUCUGCAGUGAUCACUGUUGCUGAUACAGCUGGUACACUAGGCCACAAGGCUGCAGUGACUUGCCUCGCCACUGAUUGGGAUGAGCAGUGCGUUCUCUCGGGGUCACUGAGUGGUGACAUAAUUCUGCACAGCAUGCUGACUGAUGAAGCUCCCACUGGGUUUUACUGUCAUAGUCAACAGCCCCUUCGUGACCUGAAGAUCUCUUACUUCCAAAAGUCGCUGUUGGGAAGCAUUGGAGAUGAUGGCAGUCUUAGAAUAUGGGACAUAAACAGCCUACAGAUGCAACAUAGCUUUGACCAUGUACACAAAGCCCCUGUGGCAGCUCUAGGUUUUUCACCAGUGAUUGAACCAUUAAUUAUCACAGUUGGCCUUGAUAAGCAAAUCUCAGCUUUUGAUGUUCGGACCAAAUCUGUAUUGUACAGUAUUCGAGCAGAUUGUCCACUAACUGCACUUGAGCUCCUACCAGAUGGGACUGCUCUGUUGAUUGGAAGCUCCUGGGGAAAGGUCAACCUGUAUGACCUCAGAAACAUGGAAUUUCCAGUGAAAUCUUCCAAGGCUCACAACGGUGCUGUACGAUGUAUUAAACUUCAGGCUGUGAGAGGCAAGUUUCAGGCUUCUUGGCCCACUGUUUGGAAUGAAGCAAAAGGGGGAGUCUUCAGUGCAACAACAACUGAUAACACUAACAAUGUUGUCAGUACCUUGCCCAGUGACCCCUCUUCUUUGCAGGUCAAUGCCAUCACUGUAACCAAACCCUCUCCACAAUUUAGAAAGGCAAUAUUUCUUGCAAGAAACAGCUUUGGAGAAGUCUUCUCACCUAUCAGAUCAGAGAUGAACCAUACAGACAUUUCAACCACUGAGUUCAGCUCAACGUCUGUCAGUUGUGCCUCAAAUUGCUGUUCUCCGAGUAAGAGUGGAUUCCAUGUUGAGAAGCUAGCUAACCUUGCAAGGUUAGCUGUGGGAAAUUUCAGUGAAGAUACCUGCUCGACAGCGGAGAGAUUUGACCAAGUGCAGAACCUCCACAAUUGUAAUUCAAAGCAGAAGAUGAUUGGACAAAAACUUAAUCAUGAGACUUUGGCCGAUAUGUUGAAAACUCCUUCUGGCCAGGCAGGUGAAGGAGGAACAAAAGAAGGGUCAACAUCCUUGCCAAAGACCCAGCUACUACAAAACUUAUUGAAAGAUGCCUUGGAAAAAUUCAGUGAGGAGCACCAUAAGGAAGUUGUUGGACUGCAGCUGGCCAUGAUCCAUGAAUUUCACAUUCAGCAGCAUGCAAUUGGUGAAGCAGUAUUUAAGCACUUAAAAGUCAGUGAAGAAUUGUUGGGAGAAUAUGUGACCUUAAAGGAAGAAAAUGAACGACUGAAAGUGUUUAACUGA